AUGAGCGUUUGGGAAUCCGAUUUCACCCAAAGGUUUGUCCGGUCUCUGGUGCGUGCUUGGAUGAGAGCUUCUCGUAUUGCUAGCGCUUCCGCUAUCUGCAAUCGGCUCUCCAAGCCCCAUCCUAAAGACCUACUUGCGCUCGCACCGCUGAUCCGCUAUUCACAUCGGCCAGCGAACCCUAGCGUGAUCGAGUUGCUUAAGUAUUGUUUGUCAAUCGAUCCCUUCUGGAUUAGUGAGCUUCAUCCCAGAUUCUUUCUGAUCAACCUGGAUCUGGAUCUUAGACAUCUCCACGCUCAUGAGGCGUUCGAUGAGAUGUCUGAACCAGCUGAUCCAGAGAUUUACUGUUCUAGCCUAAGGGAUUAG